AUUUUCAGCAAUGGAAAGACCAACCCCCUCAGGACAAUCCCACCUCGUCAUAAAGCGGCCCGAAACCCCUCUGGACACUCACCGGUCGCUGUGCCUAUCACUCCUUCGGGUCACUUUUGUCCAAAUCUAGCCAAGUUCGAGUCGGAAUCAAGCAUGCAGGCUUUUCGUGGAGAAUUUCGGCUCGGUGUUUUUUCCUACGCACAAUCGGAUUGAGCGUCAACAGCGGCGUCGGCCAUGUUAAACGGAAACUUCUGUUUACUGUUUUUGCCAACCUUUCAGUAAAAUCGUUUUCGCCACGAAAUAUAAAUAUGGAACCGGACUUAAUUACAAGUAAAACAAAAAUUUACGUAAUAAAAUUUAAAUUGAUUAUGUUUUAUAAAGUUUUUAUACAAAUUGAAACAAAUUUAUAAGACAUAAGAUGAAGCUAAUAUUUUUGUUAGGUUGGCGACUUUUUCACUAAUGAGCGUGCGCGGCUUUUGAGCGGCUUCGGUAGUUACGCCCCCUUUCUUAAGACUGGGAAUUUGUUGACAACAACAAAAGUGUACAUAUGAUAGAAAAAAGCACAAAAAGCUGCAGAUUUUUUUAGCUUUAAAUUAAGCAUUAAAUUCCAUGUUCGAAGGAAAAUAGUCGCAUUUCCUUGCUUUGUCAAAAUUUUAAAAAUGGAAAAGUAUUUGAAGAGGAAGAAAAUCUAUCUGAACAAAGGUGAACAGCAAUUGGAUUUGGCUCUAUCAGAGGAUGGCGAGCCCGGAGAGGCUCUUUCAGUUUCUCCGAGCGUUUCUCCAAACUUGGUCGCUCCCGUAGCCGCAAAGAAAUCCAAAGGGGAAGCAGCAGCCAAGAAAAAACCUGCAUCCGUACGGAAAAGCUCGAGGAGGUCUAGGUCAUCUAUGGACAUCGUAGAAGAUGACCUUUUUAUGGACACACCUGAUGUUGGCUUGGCCGAGGAGUUGAUUCCUGAAAUUCCUGAAGAAACUGUGGAGACCAUAGAGGAGACUGUUGGUGAAGAGAAAUUUGAUGAAAUACCUGAAAUGGGUGCUGAUUUGUUGGUACCAACGUUUGCUGAAGAGAAGCCUAAAAAGAAACCAACAAAUCCAUCAAAGAAAAGUGCUCCGGUAAGUGCACAGCAUCAAGCAGAGAGCGAGGAGGAUCUUGUUUCUCCAAAACUUGAGGUCACUGGCGUUUCGCGCUCUGGUCGUGUGAGGAAGAAAUCCUCAAAACUCACCGACUUCAAGUCUCCGGAUGAAAUUGAUCCCCGUUACAAACGGAAGAGUGAAAAAGGGACUUUUGACAGUUCCACCACAGAUAGUCCAGCAGCAGCAGCUCCGUCUACACCAAAGAGUAAGAAAAGCACCAAGAAGGCACCUUCUGUGACUCCCCCCGCACCUCCUCCUCCUGCGGCACCACCGGUGGAAGAGGAAUUCUUCAUGUCCAAAGAAGAAUUGGUGGAGGAGGAAGAGAUUGUCUUUCCUCAUGACGCUCACUUGGACACCGACUCUGACACGGAAAUUCAUCACACAGAGGAAGUGGUGGAGGACGAUGACCAUCUCAGUGACGAUUCCGCAGAAGGAGACCAUGCUGUGGUCCAUGAUGAGCUCGAUGAGGAUGAAAUUGAUGACGACGAUGAUGACGAACCUCAAUUUGUUGUUGACGAAUCUCCCAGACCGAAGCAAACUAACCAGGCUAUGUCUUUGUACAUGAUGGAAAAAUCGAGGAAGAAACUGGUUGUGAAAGACGGAAAAGUGGUUGGACGGCAAAAGGCUCAGAGGAAAGAUAAAGGGAAAACAAGAUACACAGCUUACAUGUUGUGGGCUAAGCAAGCGCGCAAAGAUGCACUGAAGUUCGAUCCAGACAUGGACUUCUCAUCCACGAGCAAGAAAUUAGGAGAAAUGUGGAGUUUGGUGCCCACAAGUGAGAAAUUGUCCUGGAGGCGCCGCGCCAAAAGGUUGUCGGCCAAGCAGAAGCUGGAGGAACACCGAGCGUUGGCCCAGGGCCAGCAGCGGAAGCUCAAAAACACUGCUCCUCCACCCCAACCUAAGCCGUCUCCCACCAAGCCGAAGCCAGACAGGCGUGGUCAGGGUCAGCUCAACACCCUGGCGGCGGCAGCGGCUGUGGCCCAACAGCAACAACAGAUGCAACUUUCGCAGCAGCAACAACUUCAAAAUGCACUUGCGGCGGCAGCUUCGGAAGUCUCAAGGAGUCCGGUCAAAUCGAGUCCUGGAGAUCCUCACGCGGCUGUCUUGUUCAAACCUGUGACCACAAAUCCUGUGGAUGUGGCCGCGCACCUGAAGCUGUUGGGCGAGUCCUUGUCCAACAUCGGCGAGCGCCUCAAAGAGCACGAAGUAGGUCAAAUUGCCGUCUCCGGGAGCGUUUCGGUCCUUUUGGACUCUUUGAUCUGUGCCAUGGGCCCUCUCAUUUGCCUCACCCAACAAAUUCCAGAAUUCAACGUUUGCCCGCAAGAGCAGCUGGCACAAAUUUUGGACAACAUUGCCUACAUCAUGCCAGGCCUCUAGAGUUUACAAUUUUAAACUGUACAGUCUCUUAUCAAAUAAAGUUAUUUGGAGUUUUUAAUUCUA